GGGCGGGGCGCCGCGGGAAGUGACGUGCAGCGGGGCGGCCUGGGAAGGCGGUCGGGACGUGAGCUAGCAUGUCGGCUCUGACGCGGUGCGCGCCGUUCGUUCGCGCGGGAGGCCACCUCUUCAGAGGCCUCCGCGCGCGCGAGGCCGGAGGCGGUGGAGUUCGUCACGCCGGUGGCGGUGCGCACAUCGAGCCCAGGUACAGACAGUUUCCCCAGCUGACCAGGUUCCAGGUGAUCCAGGCCGAAUUCUUCAGCGCUACCAUGUGGUUCUGGAUUCUCUGGCGCUUUUGGCAUGACUCGGAUGCUGUGCUGGGUCACUUUGCAUAUCCAGAUCCUUCUCAGUGGACAGAUGAAGAAUUAGGUAUCCUGCCUGAUGAUGAGGACUAAAGGUGGCAUUCAGCACUUUACGCGGGGCCAGGUGAGAAAUGGAAGAAAUUACGGACUACGUAUUGUACAAUAAAGAUGUGAAUUAAAGUGGUUUGGUCAAGAA